AUGGAAGAGAACGGUAUUUGUCAAAUGCAGACAUUAACAGAUACACAUGGUGAGGAGCGUUGUCGUCUUAUGCGACCUUGGCUUCGUGGAUUCCACUACUAUUCGUGGUUCUUUACAGUGGAUCGUCGACCGCAGAGACGAUCCGAUCAA